AUGUCGACCCAAUCUCCUCAUCCUCCGACCCCUAAGGGAUCGCGCAACAACCGCCGUCCUCAGAAGAAGAAUACGACCCCUCACGCCCAGAAACCGGCACUCCUCUCUACUCCCCCAUCAUCCCCUCCCCAUAACAUGAGCCCCGGAGUCAUCCAGGUGGAUCCUUCAAACUUCAACUCUUCGAAGAAGAAGCCCAUGCGUUCAGGCAAGAAGCCCCGAGACAACAAGGCUUCACCUGCCCCGCACUCUGGAUACCACAGCAACGGGUACAACAGCGGUCCACGACAGACACCAACCCGCCCCGCUGUCACCUCUCCUCAGACAAAACCGAGCGCAGCCUAUGCGGGACCGACGUUCCACGCAUCGCCUGCACCAUCUGCUUUACCCAUUCCCAGUUUUUUCUCUAAGUCGGCUCCUGAUGCCAAUCUGGUCCCGCCCAUAGAGACCGAUAGUGACGAUGCGGACGUGGACCCUGAAUUAGAGAUGACUCCGUCCAAACCUCGCAACCGCAACAACCAAUCCAAGGGCGAAGAACACAAGCCUUCCCCUCUUGACUUCCUUUUCAAGGCUGCUGUGCAAGCCAGAGAUCAAAAGUCCACGAGCAGCCCUGAGGUGAAUAAGGUCCUUCAGUCUCCCCAGACCGAACCCAGGGUCGUGCGGCCCAACCCUGAUGGCAUGUUUACGUUUGAAAUGGGAAACUCUGACUACAACCGCAACUCAAACAUUGGUCCUUCUUUCGCUCCUUCUUAUCAAGAUCGUAUGAAUGCACUGCGACCCUCGAGUACCCCCCAGUCGUCUGAUAUGACUGAGGAGGAGCGACGAACCAAGACCGAGGAGUUGAAGCACCUGUUGCUCAAUCCACCCCCACAGAAGCCGCCUUCCUCGGCUUAUGCUUCGCAUGAAUACGCUGGGCCCUUUGGGCCCCGUCCUUCCAAUGUGCCGCCCUAUGCCACUCCUAUGCGGACCUCAUCUGGCCCUCAGUUGACCCCGUCUCAUGGCUCAUUCUCUUCUCCCCAGCUGCAGCAGCAGCAGAUUCCUCAGAACAAUGGACGCCCUCACUAUCAAUACUCCACCCACUCUCACUCACCCCUGCGCCGUGAGGUUGACAUGGUCCCGCCCCCUUCGAUGCCUCCGUAUCGUGGCCCCGUCUCCAAUAACGCCUCGAACGGAGGUUCCCCGGCGCCAUAUGGCAAUCAGUACAUGGCAACGUCACAGCAGCAGCAGUCUGGCUAUGCUUCACCUCAGCCAAACCAUGCCUCGACUUCAUUCCAAAUGCCGAUCAACUCGCCAUCUCCUUCUCGGGUGGUGGACACUAGGCAAAUCGAGAAUGACAUUCGUCGGGUCUUGAAGCUUGAUGCCUCGGGACCCCCAGUUACUCAGAGCUCUGCGUAG